AUGCAGCGACCGCAAACAUACGGCCAGUCGCCGCCUCUCCACCACCCCGUACCACAACACGUCUCGACCGUGCCCCAGCUGCGAUCACCACCUCCACCAACGGGGUCCCAGCCCCAGUCGCAGAACUAUGGCAACCCCUACCAGGCCCAGCAGGCCGGCGCGCCGAAUGGCAACACGCUCGGCCAGUACGGCAAUUUCAUGAACGAUCCUACAGCGCAGUUCGCCGCCCAGUUUGGUCAGACUGCCUUCAAGCACGGACAGGAAUAUCUCGAGCAAAACGUCAACCGCUACUUCAACUAUCCCGCCCUCAAGCACUACUUCAACGUCACCAACAGCUACGUGAUAAACAAGCUCUUCCUCGUCCUCUUCCCUUGGAGGCACAAGCCCUGGUCGCGCAAGCAAGCAGUCGGGCCCAACGGCCAGGAAGGCUGGUAUCUGCCGCCGCGCGACGAUGUCAACAGCCCGGACAUGUACAUCCCUGUCAUGUCCAUCGUGACCUACAUCCUCCUCUCCACGCUCCUCGCUGGUCUACGCGGGCAGUUUCAACCCGAGCUGCUCGGCUCAAAAGCCGCGACUGGGCUGAUUGUGGUCAUGGCCGAGAUCUUGGGCUUGAAGGUCGGCUCGUACAUCCUCAGCAUCUCCAACUCCUCACAGCUGCUGGAUCUGGUCGCGUACUCGGGCUACAAGUUUGUCGGAAUUAUUGUGACUAUCGCCGUGGCCGAGAUCUUCAAUGGUGGCAAGGGUACCGGCGGCUGGGUCGGCUGGAGCGUCUUCAUAUACACUUUCCUGGCCAACUCGCUCUUCCUCAUGCGCUCGCUCAAGUAUGUCUUGUUGCCGGAGAAUAACGGAGACCCCCGGGGUGGAAUGCAGACGGACUCGAGGGCAAAGAGGAACCAGCGCACACAGUUCCUGUUCUUCUACUCGUACGUCGUACAAUUGGUCCUCAUGUGGAUUUUGUGUAGGGCUUAG